CUGAGGAGAGAGGGGAGGCUGUUCCCAAGGGGGUGUGCUGUAGGCAGAAUAGCGCCCCCCAGCGAUGCCCGCCUGAUGGCUCCCCCUUCCACCGCCAAGGGGGAGCUAAGGAUGCGACAGAAAUAAGGUUGCUGAUGAGCUGACCUCACAGAGGAGCCCACCCUGGCCUGUCUAGUGGCCUGAUGCCACCCCAGGGUCCCUACCAGGGGGAGAGUGAGGCAGAGCUGAGACCAGAUGCGAGCCAGCCACUGCUGGAUCUGCAGACUGGAAGAAAGGCCUGUGAGCCUAAGAGCGCGGGCAGCAUCAGGACGGUGGUAAAGCAGGAAAUAGGUUCCCUCCCAGGGCUGCGGGAGGAAGGAACACACCCUAGAGACGCCCAGCCAGAUCUCUGACCUCUGGAACAGCGGCAAAGAAAACUUGCAACUUGCAUUGUUUAGGUGCUAAGCUGGUGGUAAUUUGUUACAGUAGCAACAGGAAACUCCCAUGGGAUACGUGGGGUCCAGGUAGGGGACUCUGAAUGUAUCCUUGGAGCUCUCUGGCUAGUGGUUAAAGCUGCCAUCUGGGUUGCUGCAGAUCCAAGUUUCCAUGUUGGAUGCAGGAGACAGAGCUGGCCUGUCAAAUCAGGGCACGGGGGAGGGGACACUGUUUGGUAACCACCACUGGGAAGCAGGUUCUCUCCCACGGAGAAAGACGGCACUGGAUCCCUACCUCACACCACACUGGACAGAAGCCGCUCCAGGGUUUGGGCGAUGCUGCUGGCGGCAGUGUCCCCGUGAAGCCUCCUGGGAGGCGAGCGGUGGCUUCUCGAGGAUGCCACCCACCUACUCGGGCAGUGAGCACGUCCAAGAGAGAGAGUAACACGCCCCGUGACUCAGAGGCUGUGGCAGGUGUCGGUGGGGCCAAGCCGCUGCCAGGCACAAGAGCAGUGGGAUGGAUCUAGUCCACAGGAAGGUCUUCUGGGGCAGGAGGAAAUCCAGGCUCGGAGGGGAAGAAGCUGGGAGCGAGUGUGGACAAAUCCUGCUUGCUGAGCCUCAGGGGCACCCGAGACGACAGCCCAGAGGCCAUCCUUUCAACCUAAGGAGGAUUACCGGGUUUCUGAAAGGAUUGCACACAAACGAAGGGCCCCAGAGUGUCAUUCCUCUGGACGAAACCUCCCAAGGCUUCCAACAGUUGGUGCAGGAGGGGAAGUUUCUGGAAGCCUACCUGAGCGUCUCCACGUCAGCAUGGGAAGGGCAGGACUGCGGCCCCCAGUACCAGGCUCUGGCCCAGAGCAUGUGGCAGGUGGUCCAGCAGGCUCUGGAGGGCGUCAGGCACGGCCAGGAGCUGGAGCUGAAGCUCCAGGCAGUACUGGACACUGUGGAGUACACACAGGACAAGCCUCCGAGCCCGGAGGCCGGUACCCUCGAGGAUGGCAGAGUUGCCACCUGGGGCAGUCAGCUGGAGAGGCUGCUGAGGAAUGACGCUGAGGCCCGAGUGCCCACCUGGGACCGCAGGGACAAGCUGGGCCCUUUCCUGGAGAAGCUAGAGGAGGCUGUGAGACAGGGCCUGGGGUCGCCGAGGGCAAGCCAGCUGGGGGCCCGCUUCUGGACGAUCUACAGCACCUGCUUCCAGGAGGUCCUCCUCAGCCGCCUCUUGGAGCUCAAGCACUCCUGCGGUGCCAGCUGGAACAGCUGCUGCGUGCUGUAUGCCUGGGGCAGGACGACCUUGUUUGGGCAGCUGGGCAGGGAGACACUUCCGAAUGCACCUUCCACCUCCCAGAAACCCACGGCCGGGUACCUCUUGGACUCCAUGAUGUUUGUGACCUGGAUGUCCCAAAUGCAGAAGCAGCUGGUGGGGCUGAUCCAGGAAAGGCUGGAGGAGACUCUAGAAAAUGUCCUGAUCUGCGAUCAGAAAAAGUGGGCCCCGUUCUCCCACCCAACGUUCCUUGAAAUCUUCCAGCUGCUGGAAGAAGCCAUAAUUGCAGCAAGACCCAUUGGACCAUCGGUCACUAGCCAAGUUCAAGCCAUGGUUCUGGAAAUAUUUUCAAAGUUUCUGAACAGGUACCAGGACAAGGCUGUCCACUUCCUGCAGCAGAACGCCACUGCGGGGGCCUUCCCCGAGGUGCACCUGCUGGGAAACUGCUGCAUCCUCAGGAAAACGUGGCAGGAGCUGAGUCAGGCAUGCUUUCCACCUGCAGACCUGGUGACCGCAGUACAGGGUGCCAUCCACGCCAUUGAGGGCCACAGCCGGGACCACCUCCUGCUUAGAGUCAGAGCCCUGUGCCAGAAUCUGCUGAGGGGCCACUUCGGGAGGAAGGAGAGGGAUCUGGUCAAUGCUCUGCAGUCCCUGUGGCAGGGCCUGGAGGGCUGUCCCAGCCUGCACUCCACUCCCGUGUAUGAGAGCCUCAUGCAAAGUUUGCACGUGGUGGUCUUUGGGGAGUACGUCCAGGCCCUGGCCACCCACCUCAGGAUGCUGGCGCCCAGGAAGUGGGGGAGCCUGAGGACUCAGGUGGAGAUGGACAUCUGGAAGUUGGACAACAUCUUCAGGAAGCACGGGGGUCCCGGCUUGGCCAUCCCAGAGGAACCCAUCCUGGGGAUCUUCCAGCUCAGCGAGAACAAGGGCAGGGAGACUGUGGAUGAUUGGCUGGCCUCCUUCAGGGACGGGUUCCCAGGUUAUCUGAGCAUGCAGGACCAGCCAUGCAGCUCUGUGGACUCGGAGGUUGAGGUCAAGGGAAGAUCCUGCUGCUGCUGCUGAUCCUCCAGCUCUGCACCAGGGUCUGGCAGAACCCUGACUGCCCUGAACAGAGGUGGAGGUGAGCAGUAGCUUCAGGGAACCUCGGGCUGUGGAAGUUGUGUGACUCCAGCAGCUACCUAAGGCAAAGGAUCUGAGUGCCCCUGAUCCCAGUGCCCACCCAGUGGCCACUUCAUAAAUGACAGCCUGAUAUUCAGGAGGAAGCCAAUCCUUCCGAAGUCUGGACUCUUCUAUCAGAAGGAAUGCCUGGGGCAUUUACCCUGGAACCCAGCCACCAAGCUAGAAGGCAGGCCAGGCCUUGUGGGAGGCCACGUGCAGGUGUCCCAGCCAGCGACUCUACUGAGGACCCAGCCAGGGCUGUGGACGUGAACCCCAGAUGUUUGAGUGAGGAGAGCUUCAAGAUUCUUGCAGCCCCAGCUGCCGUCUGAUGUAUUAUCAGAAUUAACUUGUGUCUGCACACCUGGACACUUGCCUGGUGUGGAGACCCCCACACCUGGUGUCAGAAGAGCAGUCGCAGGAAAUGUCUUGGGUGGACGUUCGGGUACUGCUGCCUCCGGGCUACGUGAAUAAAUCGCAGCCCACGGGCCUCUGGUUAACUCUAGAGUUGGAAGCAGUCAUUUCUCUUUUUCCUUUUUUUUGUCCUCCUUGUCCUCAUUCUCCUUUCUGGAAAAUUAAAGAGUAGCUCCUGUA